GGCAGCGUGACGUCACCACUGACCCCCCCCCCAUCCCGGGCGAGGGGCGGCGGCCCAGGCUCCGCGGGGCGGACGCGCGGAGGGACGGAGACGGAGGGACGGCGCACGGCCAGGCCAUGCCCGGGGAGGCGGCCCGCGCCGAGCUGCUGCUGCCGGAGGCGGGCGGCCCGGGGGCCCGCACAGAUGGGUCGUGUGGCACGGCCGCGGCCACCACUCCUCGAGGGGACCAGCCGGAGCAGUGCGCCCUGAGCCCCGGGCCCAGCCCCCUGGACCUCCCCUUCCUGCCCAGCAAGCCAGGCGCCCGGCCCCCGCCCGAGGGCGCCAGCGGGGAUGUGGGGCCUGGCCGGGCGCUCUCGGCCUGGGCGGUCCCCAUGGAGGGGGGCCCCAGGCCCCUCGAGGCCCAGCCUGCCGAGCGGCCUCUCCCAGCUACCCUAGGGGCCCGGGUGGUGAUGGGGGAGGAGACAUGCCAGGCGCCCCCCCCACGGCUCAGGGACCCGGAGGGGGGGCCUGCCCGCCUGCACCCCCCCACGCCCUGUUCUCGGGGUGACCCUCCCGUGCCUUUCCCCGCCCCAGACCACGAUUCCUACUUCACGCCUCCUUCCACCCCCAGCGAGGCCCCGGCCUUGCUCCCCAGCUCCAGGCCCUGCAGGGAAGCCAGGGACGCCCCAGCCGGGGCCCAGCCCAUGGGGGACUCGCCGCCCACCUCACCCUCGGGCUCCUACGUCACGGCGGACACGGACAGCUGGCCCUCCUCCCCGUCCCCCUCCUGCUCCCUGAGCCUGGCCCCCGAGGAGGGGCUGGGGGUGCCCUCGGGCCGCGGUGUCUCCCCACCCGGUUCCGAGGCCCCGGAGCAGGCGUGGCCCGAGGCCCCCGAGUCCAGCCUCUCCACGGACAGCAGCUCCUCCUGGGAGCAGGAGGCCCACUUCCUGGACCUGGACCUCCUGGGCCAGGACGCGCUGGUCCCCGCCGCCCUGCUGCCGUUCCGGGGCAGCCUGCUCUUCCAGGUGGAGGCGGUGGAGGUGCUGCCCCUGUCCCCCAGGGAGCAGCAGCCGCAGCCCGAGGCCGCCGACGGGGACUGGGCCGGCGAGGACCAGGACGACAGCACCUUCGCCUCCUCCCUGCAGUCGCUGUCCGACCUGUCCGUCACCGAGGGCAUGGACGAGGCCUUCGCCUUCCCGGACGACUCCUCCGCCUCCUCGGACCCCGACUCCGCCUCCUUCCCCGGGGCGGACGACGAGAGGCUGUACAGUGGGGAGCCCCACGCGCAGCCCGCGGGCCUGCCGGACAGCCCCGCGGCCUCCGAGGGAGACCUGGGCACGGCGGUCUCCGGGGCUGGCCCCGCCCCAGGCCCCGUGUCCCCGCAGGAAGCCCCGGGGGUCGCAGAAGAGACCACGCGGGAGGAGGGGCCGGGAGCAGAGCCUGUGCCCACGGCCACACCUGCGUCCCCGCAGGAGCAGGCACACGCCAUCCUGGGCCCCCAGCCCAGGGCCCCGAGGGCAGACACAGGCUGGGAGCCUGCAGCGGGUCCGCGGAGCCUGCCCACAGACACAGACACGGGCGGCGCCCAGGGGACCGGGCCCGGGGCCCCCGCGGCCCCAGGGGCCGCUGCGGGGAAGGACCCGGCGCCUCCGGACCUGGGCCAGACCCCCCAGGGUGGGCGGGAGCUCGCUGUAGGCGCGGGGGCACCCUGGGCCUCACUCGGAGACACAGGCCCCCCGGAGCCUGCCUUGGAAACCACCACAGAGGCCCCAGACACACCUGAACCCACCGCAGAGGCUUCUGGCACUGCAAGGAUCCCCGGCCCCCCCACGUCCGCCCCAGAGGUCCUGGAGCCCGCCGCGAACACCCAAGACCACCUGUACACCCCCACAGCGAUCCUGGGGCCCCCACGCCUCCCCACGGAAGCCUUGGGCCCACCUGAGCCUACCUCAGAGACCCCGGACCCUCCAAAGUCUUCCUUAGAGACACUGGACCGCCCAGAGUCUGCCUCGGGGACCCUGGACCCCCCCGAUUCUGCCUUGGAGACCCCCAAGUCUUCUUUGGAGACCCUAGAGCCCCCCAAUUCUGCCUCGGAGACCUCAGACCACCCUGAGUCUUCCUUAGAGACCCUGGAACCCUCCAAUUCUGCCUCAGAGUCCCCAGAUCCCCCCGAUUCUGCCUCGGAGACCCCGGGCCCCCCCGAUUCUGCCUCGGAGAUGCCAGACCCCCCAGAGUCUUCCUCGGAGACCCCGGAACCCCCUGAGAAUGCCUCGGAGACCCCGGACGCCCCUGAGAAUGCCUCGGAGACCCUGGACCCCGCUGAGAAUGCCUCGGAGAUCCUGGACCCCCCUGAGAAUGCCUCGGAGAUCCCGGACCCCCCAAAGUCUUCCUUAGAGACCCUAGAACCCCCCAAUUCUGCCUUGGACACCCUGGAUCCCCCUGAGGAUGUUUCAGAGACCCCAGCCCCUCCUGAGCCUGCCUCGAAAACCCAGGCCCCCCCAGAGUCUGCCUCGGAGACCACGGACCCCCAAGAGUCUGCCUUGGAGACCCCGGACCCCCCAGAGUCUGCCUCGGAGACCCCGGACCCCCCCGAGUCUGCCUCGGAGACCCCGGACCCCCCAGAGUCUGCCUCGAAAACCCAGGCCCCCCCAGAGUCUGCCUCGGAGACCCCAGACCCCCCAGAGUCUGCCUCGAAGACCCAGGACCCCCCUGAGGAUGCCUCGGAGACCCCGGACCCCCCAGAGUCUGCCUCGGAGACCCCGGGCCCCCCAGAGUCUGCCUCGGAGACCCCGGACCCCUCUGAUGCCUCGGAGACCCCGGACCCCCCCGAGUCUGCCUCUGAUGGAGAGGAAGUAGCCGAAGGCCCAUUGGCAACCGACAGGGUGGCCCACCUGCCUGCAGGGGUGGGGGCUGAGCCCCGAUGGCCCCCAGAGGAGGCCCCCGGGGCGGGGAACCGGGGGGACAGGGGCUUUGAGGGCACCCCGGUCCCUGGGCGUCCGUCGGUGUCCAGGGUGGGCAGGGGCUGCUCCGAGGAGUCUGCCCCCAGGUUCUCACCAGCCCCCUCCUGGCGGGAGCGGAUGCGAGGCCUUGGGGGUGAGGAGCAGGCCCAGGCGGUCCCCGGAACCCCCAGCCCCUCGCCACUCCAGCCCCAGGACAGACACCCAAGUCCUGAGCCCUCUGUGCCCAGGGUGCCCCCUGCAGCACCCCCUGUGCUCUGCCCCUGCCAGGGUCCGCGGGAGGCCGAGGGGGAGGGGGAGGCCCUCCCGGUGCCCCAGGCAGGAGCCCCGUGGGCCGCCGCCUUCUCAGGAACCAGGGGCCACCCCCGCGAGUCCAGGCAGCGGGCUGGCCUCCCGCCGCCCCCCGCCCUCCUCAGCCCCAAGGUGACCCCUAUGCGGGGCCCCCACGCCAAAGACCCAGCCUCGCAGCCCCCACCCCCCUGCCAAGUGCCUCUGGGCUCCGGGCCGCGGGCCCCGGCCAGCCCUCCAGGGCCCCCAGCCACCCAGCAGCUGGACGAGGACAGCCUGGAGGAAGAGCCCCUCCCGGCUGCUGGCAGCCGCUCCGACAGCCACGGGGAGUCGUCGGGGGAGCCGGAGGAGCCAGACCUGCCGGGACCCCAGGCCCCGCAGGGCCCAGCCCAGGCCGCAACCCGGGUCUCCGAGGAGUCGGCAGCCAAGGCCAAGCAGAGCCGCAGCGAGAAGAAAGCGAGGAAGGCCAUGUCCAAGCUGGGCCUGCGGCAGGUGCAGGGCGUCACCCGCAUCACCAUCCACAAGUCCAAGAACAUCCUCUUCGUCAUCGCCAAGCCCGACGUGUUCAGGAGCCCGGCCUCGGACACCUACGUGGUCUUCGGGGAGGCCAAGAUCGAGGACCUGUCCCAGCAAGUGCACAGAGCUGCCGCCGAGAAGUUCAAGGUGCCGGCGGAGCCCUCCACCCUCGUGCCGGAAUCUACGCCGGGGCCCCGGGUGCAGCCGGAGUCGGAGUCGGAAUCAGAGGGCGAGGAAGAGGAGGUGGACGAGGCGGGCCUGGAGCUGCGGGACAUCGAGCUGGUGAUGGCCCAGGCCAACGUGUCCCGGGCCAAGGCCGUGCGGGCGCUGAGGGACAACCAGAGUGACAUCGUCAACGCCAUCAUGGAGCUGACCAUGUAGCCGCCGGCCCCGCCCUGGCCCGGCCCCCAUGCUGCUGCUCAGCACACGGCGCCCUCACCUCCCUCCUGUGCCGCGGCCUCAGCC